GCGACCAGCGCAGAGAGAGGCGCGCGCAUGAGAGGCGAGGAGUUGUCUCCCGGAGGAAACACCUGUUGGAAGAAAGCAAGACGGGAUCGGAUCCUCUGGAGUUUGCGUGUCUCAUACACAUUUCCCUUCCCACGAAUCCCACUUGGUGGAACCCGGUGGAACCAUGUGGGUUCUGGAGAAGAUCCGCGGUUCCGUGGAGACCAACGUGCUGCGACACACUGAGAACGGAGACAAGCAGGGCAAGACCCCGAUGUACAGCAACGUCCUCACCCCGGACAAGAUCCCCGACUUCUUCAUCCCCCCCAAGCUGGUCAGCUUCGCUCCAGAGCCAGAGCCCCCUGACGUCAAGCCCAAGGAGCUCCUGCGUCCGUCCGCCUCGGAGCAGUCCAUCGCCAGCAGCGGCAAGAAGAUCAACAGCCCCCGCAGCCCUCGCCUGGUCAGCAAGCUGGCCGGAGACACCAAGAACCUGCUGAGGGCCGCUAACCGUCACAUCAUCCAGAUAGAGACCGCCGAUGACGUGGUAGCGGGGGACACCAACGCAGACCCCCAGUCCCAGACGGCCAUGUCCCUGCCCUACGUCCCCAAGACCCAGACGUCCUACGGCUUUGCCACCCUGAUGGAGAGCCCCCACACACGCCGGAAGGAGUCCCUGUUCCACUGCGACCACGCCAGCCCCGUGACCUCGCCCAACGCCCAGAGGAAGAGCCAGGGCAAGAGCGCGGGCGGCGGCGGCGGCGAGAACCACCUGAACCCCCCGGAUUUCAACUCCUCCCACAUCAACCCCUACCGCUACUUCAGCGGCGGCGAGAGCGACACCUGCUCCUCGGCCGAGUCGUCGCCCUUCAGCUCCCCGCUGCUGUCGCGCUCCGCCUCCCUGCUGAAGGUCUUCACCCACGAGACGCAGGCCAAGGUGGUGAAGGCCAAGCGCACCUUCGCCCGCCACAGCUCCCUCUCCACGGACGAGUGCAGCUCGGCCGAGCCCAGCCCCAACGUCCCCCGGCGCCUCCACUCCCCGUCCCUCCACGGCGGCGGCGGCGGCGGGGCGGAGCCCGGGGCGGAGCGCCUGCACCGCGAGCACACCGUCAACCUGCACAAGGGCGGCACGGUGCGGCUGAGUGCCGAGUACGACGGCGGGACGUCGCGGCUGCGCGUCCGCGUGCUGGCGGCCAAGGACCUCUACGACAAGCUGGUGGACAUCAAGAGCAUCCACUGCUGCGUGUCGCUCUACCUCAGCCCGGGCAAGCAGCAGAAGCAGAGGAGCACCAUCAUCAAGAACAGCCGCAACCCCAUCUUCAACGAGGACUUCUUCUUCGACGGCGUGGCCGCCGCCCAGGUGAAGACGCUGGCGCUGAAGAUCAAAGUGGUGAACAAGGGCACCAGCCUGAAGAGGGACACCUUGCUGGGGGAGAGAGAGGUUCCUCUGGGGAAGCUGCUGUCCGGGGUGUAGGUCUGGAGGUACGACAACGGGAGUAGGUACCCCCCCCCCCCCUCCCCCCUCCGGUCGGUGUGUCCGCAAACUGUCUCCCUCCUCACCCGUACCCACGGCAACAUCUCAGAGAGGUGCUGCACUGCGUAUUUAUCCCCGGUAAAUCAAGAAUCCACCUCUCUGAUGCCUUGUCCCCCCGGACAUCCCUGAUCCAUAGGCCUUCACGGUUCCACCUUUUGAACAUGAUGAAUCUCAUCGUGAGGUGAAAAGGAGACUAGAGUGAGUCUCUCCCCCUUCCUGUCUCGCCGGGGGUCUGUUUUAUGUGGCAUGAUCGUAACGUCAUGUGACUCGCUCUCUGUUGUAGACAGACCAGGAAAUGGGUCCACAAUGCCUUGUUUAUUCAGCGGCCAUGAUGCUUUUGUCUAUACGUGCGUGUGUCUUUGAAGUUGCACCGCAAACCUGAUGUGCAAAUGAUCCUUUGAUCCUAACCACCGCUCUGUGUAAUUUCCAAUGGUGGAGGGGGAGGGUCAAACAGAGCCAUGUGAUCGCAGGGUAUUGUGUGUGGAGAAUGGAACCAUGACAUCGCCAUCUGGAUGUCUUCAGCAUGAAUAUAUAAAGGCAGUGAGUGAUAUAUAUUUGCAUUUUAUAUGUAGUUUCGUAAAACCUACAAGCCUUAUAGGUUGAGAGAGAGAAAGAGAGCG